UCACUACGCACACAAAAAAAUGUUUGUUUACAAAUGGCGUCCUUGUUUUCAGAUGGUGCUAUCACCAGACAGCUGUUAAAGUUUCAAAGCUGUGAAUUUGAUGUUGAAAGCAUACAUACCUUGUCCUUAAAAAAUCAAAGUAUCUCAGAUCUUGGCUGUAUAUCAGAAUGUAUCAACCUUGAAAAUCUUGAUUUAUCAAAUAACAAAUUGACAAAGUUACACAAAUUGGCUGGUUUAAAAAGUUUAAGGAAACUCAAUCUAUCUGCAAACAUAAUUACAUCUCUUGAUGGCCUUCAGAGUUUAGAAAAUUUAGAAAGUCUUUAUAUUAGUGGUAAUCUUCUAGGAAGCACAGAUUCACUCCGAAGCAUUUGCUCACUUCAAAAUUUGAAGAACUUGAAACUAAAUGAUAAGGCAUUUGGACUGAGUAACCCAAUGUGCAACACAAAAUAUGUUGAUGAAGUUCUCUUGCUAUUGCCAACUUUAACACAGUUAGAUGAUCAAAGAGUAAGAGGUCAAGGUCAAGAGUUGUUCAGUUUGUCCAAUGAAAUAGAGAAAUCAUUACUGGGACUUCAUCAUUCCAAGUCUACAACAAUCAGGAACAAUGAUUUUGAUAUCAAUUCUGAAGAGUUAGACUUUCCAUCAAUAUCAACUAAAAGUCAAAGAGUAUCAACAGCAGAACAAGAGUUGAUAGAUUUACUUCAAGACUGUGCUGCCUUAAAUAAACAGGCUGUGCAGAUUUUAACAAAAACCAAAGCUACACAGAAUUUAUCUUUGGAAACGUAGAAAAUAAACCCUUGUAAAUAUGUUAAUAUAUAGUAUUGUAUUUAUUGAUUAAUAGGUUAAAAGAAAUGUUUAAUUGGAACAUUUUUAAUAAACAGUCAGAUUUUUUAA